UCAAAUCCGCGUCUCUACUGCUCGCAAAUCUGAGACUCCUUCGCGAAAUUAGGGUUUUCAGGUUCGCUCAUAUCUUUCCAUUUUUCAGCCAUGGGAGGAGGCAACGGGCAAAAGGCGAAGAUGGCUCGUGAGAAGAACUUGGAGAAGGCAAAAGGCGCCAAGGGAAGCCAGCUAGAUUCAAACAAGAAGGCAAUGUCAAUCCAGUGCAAGGUGUGCAUGCAGACAUUUAUGUGCACCACGACAGAGGUGAAGUGCAGGGAACAUGCAGAAGCAAAGCACCCCAAAUCUGAUGUUUACGCUUGCUUCCCUCAUCUCAAAAAUUGAAGGAGUUUAUCGGAAACAACAAUGUGGAGACAUUGACAAUAUCAUCACCUCAUUUGUUUAAGGUUUCCGCUAUAAUUCCAACAGUCCUACGUCAUGGUUACUUUAUGCAUUGUUGUAGAAUGUUUGCUUGAGAGAGGGAUAGCGUAAAGUCCCUUGUUAAAGUGAAAUCAGUGUUUAAUCAUAAUGAAUAUUAAGCUACUGGUCAUGAAAGCUUGUUUAAUUAUAAUGAAUAUUAAUGCCA